AUGAGCUGCGCCGAUUCCACCACGGGGCCCGGCCGCGGGGCCAGCCGCCUCCUGCCUCUGCUGGAGACCCUGCAGGACGCCGCUCACGCCGACGCCUCGCCGGGGUCGCUGACGGACGCGCUGCUGACCCUCACCAAUCGCCUAACUGGUGAGGAAGGAAAAGAGUUUGCAGCAGAAGUUGGAAAACACUUUCCGCAGCUCUACAAGAUAUUUAAGACACACAUCUCUGCUGAGAACUCCGACUUGAGCAGCGCAGCCUUACAAGCAUUAGGAUUCUGUGUAUUUAAUUCAAAGAUUGCUUCUCAGUUAUGUGAAACAGAAAUGCAGGAGUUGAUUUCAAUAGUGAGCAGUGUUGCUGUAAAGGCAUCUGACAAGAACAUUCGCACGAGAGCACUUUGGGUAAUCUCUAAGCAGUCCUUUCCUCCAGAUGUUGUUGGGAAAAUGGUGCCAAGUAUUAUUACAAUGCUAGAAACAAUACUUAAUAAAGGAGACUUACAUUCCAUGGUGGUUGAAUAUGAAGUGCUGAACGUUAUUAUACGGCUCAUAGAACAGGCUCCAUCCUGCAUGGAAGAAGAAGCUGUCAGAUGGGCCAAGCUCAUAAUUCCUUUGGUUGUCCAUUCGGCACAUAAAGUACAGUUGAGAGGUGCUACUGCAUUAGAGAUGGGAAUUCCACUUUUACUUCAGAAGCAGCAGGAAGUAGCAGCAGUCACUGAAGAACUCAUGACUACUAAAGUAAUUCCAGAGCUUCAGAAACUAUUUUCAUCAAAAAAUGAUACAUAUGUUCUGAAACUGUGGCCUCUAUUUGUUAAGCUGCUUGGGAAAGCCCUGCAUCGAAGUGGAACCUUUAUCAAUUCGUUACUGCAGUUAGAAGAACUUGGAUUUCGAAGUGGGUCACCAGUGGUAAAGAAAAUAGCUUUCAUUGCAUGGAAGAGUCUGAUUGAUAACUUUGCUCUAAAUCCAGAAAUUUUAUGCAGUGCAAAGAGGCUGAAAUUGCUAAUGCAGCCGUUAAGCUCCAUCCAUGUGAGGACUGAAGCGCUGGCACUAACCAAGUUGGAGGUCUGGUGGUAUCUGCUGAUGAGGCUUGGGCCUCAUCUCCCAGCCCACUUUGAACAGGUUUGUGUACCGUUAAUUCAGAGCACUUUAGGCUUGGAUGCCUCUUUGCUACAAGGAAAUUCUUCACGGCUAGCUGCUAACCAGAGUUUAGCAACCCCAGGUUCUGCACAGAAAUCAGGAGCUUUCCCUUUUGGAACCCCUGUAACUCCAAGGAUGGUCCUGAAUUCUAGCACAGGAGGAGGUGGAGUAAUUCCUGCCAUUCAGCUCUUAGGAAUUGAAAUGUUGCUUCACUUCUUCAUGGGGCCAGAAGUCUUGACUUUUGCCAAGGAAAACAAAGUCAUACUUAGUUUAGAACCUCUUCAAUAUUUGGUGAUCACUAGUCCUUCUUUCUUCUGUAAACAUGCGAAUACAUUUAUAAAUGCAAUCCAGGAUGGCUUCAUUGCAGUUGGAAAAGACGUUUCUGAUAUUGUUUUGAAUGCUAUAUGGAAGGGAAUGAUUGGUUUUGUGAGAGCUGCAAUUGAAUCAGGUAGCAAGAAAGAGCGGCAAAGUUCAGAAGUCCUCACUAUGUUGUUGCAAGCCUUAAAAAACAUUGUCAUGUCAAAUGAGCUGCCUGUGUUAAAGUCUCUAUCUCUGAUAGAAAUCACAAUUAAAGAAUUGCCUCCAAAAGUACUAGGAUCACCAGCUUACCAAGUUGCUAACAUGGAUCUCUUGAAUGGAACUCCAGCGCUGUUCUUAAUUCAGCUUUCUUUCCGUAAAGAUCUGUUGGAAUGCUGCGUGCAAGAUGAAAGGUUUUUCCUGAACUACGAGUCUCUUGUGAGUUUUGUUUUGUCCGGCCCUACGUCUCCUCUGGCUUUUAGCGAGUCUGUAUUCGUUGUUGUUAAUCAAAGUGCAAAGUACCUGGAAAACAAAGAACAUCUUUGGAGAAUAUGGAGUAUUGUAGUUAACCCCCUAAUUGAAUGGAUCAACCAGACAAAUGAAGUAAAUCAAGGUGAUGCUUUAGAACAUAACUUCAGCGCUAUUUACAGUGUGUUGUUGCUUCCUGUAAGUCACAUUUUCCCAGCUUGUGAAUUUCCACAGCCCACAAUGAAAUCGUUACUGCGUUCGUGGUCGGAGCUCUAUAAAGCAUUUGCCCGUUGCGCAUCCCUUGUGGCUACUGCAGAAGAUAAUCUGUGCUGUGAAGAGCUCUGUGCCAAAAUAGUAUCUGAAUUAGACAAAACACAAAUUAAUCGAUCCCUACUGGAUGGUCUUUCAUACAUUGUAUCAACCAUGGUUGAUUGCAUCAACUUUGCACCUUAUGGUACUAAAUCUCAGCCGCCAAGAAAAUCCCCACAGACACCUACGGAUUGGUCAAAAAAGAAGAAAGAUCCUCUUGGCAAGCUGUCUUCCUUAGUCAAACUUGUGGCAAUUCUGAUAAAUUCUGCUCAUAUACUCUGGUCCAAUGAAGCCAGUCCGGAAAAACUGGUCCCUAUUGCUGCUUCUGUUAUCAGUAUUCUUCAAAAUAUCAUUAGCCACAUUUCUUUGCCUUCUGUCAUCAGAUCUGUAUUUGGAAUUAUUAUAAAACCACUAGCAGUAUUUUAUGAAAAAAACAGGUUUGCUGAUGGAUCCAAAGUGAACAACAAUCUCAACAACAAGUUUGAAAAGCUGUGGGUGGAAAUCAUUAGCUGUUUGCAGUCCCACUAUACUGGAACUUUUGACAGCCAGCUGUUGCAAGAGCUUUUUCCACUGCUGUGUAUAAUGUUUGUGAAUAAGACCAAGCAGAUACGCAGUCAAGCUGCUCAAUUCUGGAACGCAACCUUUGGCAAAGCGACGAUGCUGACAUAUCCAGAAGAACUGAAAUCUGUUUUGUGCCAAGCCAAACAGAAAAUUCUGCUGUCAUUGCCUGGCUUUGAAAGCACUGAAAUAAUGGGAGAAUCUAAUGGGACAUACUCUGAUUCCCAGACAGAGAAUUCUCAAUGGGAUACAACGAUAAGUGGAAUAGAAGUAAAGUCUACUGGGAAAAGAGAUUCCUUACUAGCGCAGUCUGGUGAACUAAAAGAAAAAAAUGCUAAUUGUCAUGUACUGCCUGCAAAGACAAAACUGGAAUUUUCACUGCCAAAAACAAAUAGAAAAGAUGUGAUUUUGGAGGAGGAAAAUACUGUUGACUUUGUGUUUAUUCCACCGGAAACAAAAGAGAGAGUGUUAACAGAGCACCAAAAAGAAGUUCUUCGAACAAAAAGAGUUGAUAUACCUACCAUGUACAAUAAUCUGGAUGCAUCCCAAGAUAAUGCCUUAUUUUCCCAGUAUACACAAGACCAGGAAGCUUCCUUGGUAAAGCCAACCUUAGUAGAUAUGAAGGAAGAAGAUGGGGAAGAAGAGGGCAAAGAAAUAUCCCAGGCUGGAGAAGGGGUGAAGAAGCUGGUUGGAGCUUGGCACGAAGGCACUGAAAGCUGCAAGGCAGGCGUGCUUGUGGAGAAAACAGAAUCUACCAAUAUCGGACAGCUUCAAGCCCCUGCAAAGCAAAGUCCAGAUCUGAGUUGCGAGGAUUCAGAAUUGUGCACCUCUAAAACAGUUCCAGGGGAGCCAUCGGUAUUAGAUGUGUCUCUCAACGAAAGUGGCACGAGUGGCGGCAGCAGCAGCUCUACUUCUAGUGAUGUAAUCUCAGGAACGCCACAGCCUGUAAGCAGAAGGCAGUCCUUCAUAACUUUGGAGAAGUUUGAUAGUUCAGGAAACAGGCCUUUCAGCCCUUCGAAGUUCAAUAAUGUGUCCGGACCUUCUGGAAGUACCCCUUCGUUAGAUAGUCAGGAAAGCAUGGUUGGCAUGGAUCCGCUUCCUUCCAAAGAGAAGUCCGAUAAGAGUGCUUCCAAACCCCAAAUGGAAGAACCCAUCGCUAAGGCUAAGAGAUCAUGUCCAGAAAGCAUAGAUGCUUUGGAGACUUACCCUAAAGCCAAAAAAACAAAGGAAGAAUCUAAGGCUGCUUCAAAAUUGCAAUCUGAGAGUACACUUGGGAUAAAGAAGUCAAGUCUCCGGCCGAACAAAAUAGAGCUUUCGGAGGACAAAAAAGCAAAGCUGAUGGGAUUGGAGCAAGAGCAAAACAUGCAAGUAUCUCAUUCCAGAGAUGAAGUAGAGGAAUGCGACUUACUCGGGGAAACACCAGAGCCACAGUGUGUGUUAGAUGCUCCGUCUCAAGCUUCCGAUUUAAAAAUAAUUAGAAAUACAACCGUGGAAAACAAACAUGUUUUGGACAAUGUUGCAGAGAUGAAAGCAGGACUGAAUUUGGAUUCAAAAGAGAAUACUCCCCCUGAAGUGACUUCACUGGGUGAUACCGUAUCUGUAGGUCAAACUCCACAAAUAACACCUAAUCAAAAAAUAUUAAGGCGUUCUUUAAGACGGAAACCAGAAACUUCUGACGGAUCUGCAGACAGUCAAGACAAAGAGAACAGCCAACAGAAGAAGGACAGGCACAAAGAUGAUGAGAAGCUUCUGCCCAAGAAGUCUUUGCAAAGUAAAGAGGAUUCCACACACAAGCAGAAACCUGUUCCUGAGAAGAACAUAGAUAUACAAGGAAGUGUAAAUAAAAAAGAAAGCGGUGCGCAUGGAAGCAGCACUGCAGAAGGUAUAGGCACAAAGGAAUCUCAUGCUUCAAAAAACCUAGAGGAAGCUAACAUAAGUACUAGAAAAUGUGAAGGCAGUAACCCGUCUGAAACAGAUGACUUGCAAGAGCCCUCCACAGUUACCCCCCUUGAGAAACGGAAAGGGCUUCCACGGUAUCAGACGAGAAGAGCCUCCCAAGGGCUGCUUUCCAGUAUAGAAAACUCUGAAUCUGACAGCUCUGAGACGAGAGAAGACGGAGCCAAGAGGAAAAGGUCUGGAAGAUGGAAAAUCACAGGUAGUUCUCUUGAAAGCCAAGCAAAGGAAGAGUCGGAAAGCCAAAACCAGGAGCUUCAUUCACAAGAAACUGCAAAUGAAAUCCAAGCCUCUUCAGUGGGGAAUAAAGACGUAAUAAACCACGAGGAGUGCAUGGAAAUAGCCUUGCCUUCUGAUGAUAACAAAGAGAGAGAAGGAAAUGUCCCUACCCUCAACGAGUGUUUAGGCGUUACAGAAGCUGUGGACGCUUCCGUUUGUAGAGACCAAGCAGAUACAGAACAAACUGUUGCAAAAGUGUUGGCAAAGCCUAGUUCUGAGCCAGCUUCAGAGACCGAGCAGAUAACUAGAGUUCUUGAUCAACAGGAUUCUGUUCCACCCGGCAGCACAAGUGGUCUUACUGAGCUUUCAGAAGAUGCCUGCGCUGCUGUUCCUGAGGGCUUCUCCCCACCCAAAAUUCCUUCAGAAACACCCGACUGUCUUCACAAAAGAAGCAAGCGGAUGAGAAAAUCAAAGGGCUGUGAUUGCUGUGGUGAGAAGCCAUCUGCACGGUUGGAAAAGUUGACCCCAGAAGUGAAAAAAGCAAGUACUCCAGAAACAAAGUCAAAAGAACCUAAAAAGACUCCUAUUAAAGCAGAAGUGGUUGCUUCACACCUUUCGCCUGCGGAAGAGUCCCAUUCUGCAGAAAAGCUCUGCGUGGAGCCUUGGGCAACAAGCACGCCUCGGAGUUUCUCCGGGGAUCCUGCUGACCUCGAUGAUUCAAAUAGAAGCUUAGAGGGUACAGGGGAAUUGCCAGGGGAUUGCACUCCGAAGAAUGAAUCCAAAGAAUCAGCAGGCACCAAAAGCGAAAGUUUCAAACCUGAUGCGGAAACUGUGGACUAUGUUGAUGGGGCUGGGGAAACUUCAGAGCCGAGUUUAGUAGAAUGCGCUUCGAAGGGGUCCAUUAUCCCGUGUCGAGGUUCAGAAAGUGAACUAAACCCUGUUGUUGCAGAAGAGGGAGCUGUUCAUGACAUCGGCCAACUAGAAGACAGAAGUGUUAUGGAGGUGGAUGUGAACCAGGCUGAGAAAACAAAGUCCAGUGAACCUAUAGCCGACAUUGUUCAGAAUGGUAUGGAGAAGGCUGCGGAAUGUCCUGUUGGCUCUCCUGUAGAAGCUCAAGAUACUGACAUGAAUGGGGAGGAGACCGUAGAAACGGAUGUGCCAGCAGCACUGGCAGGGCCUGAAACUUCAGCCUUGGUACAAGAUGAAGUAAAAGAAAGUAAUAACAUAGAUUCCCCUCUUAAGCUGAAAGAAUUUGAUGCUCUGACUUUGUCCAAGAUUAGUGAAAGCCCUAAUGGAGUGCAGGCACGUUGUAUUUGGUCUCCAUCAGCUUCCCCCUCUACCAGUAUUUUAAAGAGAGGUUUAAAAAGACAGGAGGAGGAGGACUCUCCAUCACCUGCAAACAAGAGCCGACGAGUUUCCUUUGCCAAUCCAAUCUAUCAAGAAGAAUUGGCAGAUGAUAUUGAUAGGCGAAGUCCAGCAGUUAGAACUCAUUCUUCAAAUGGUUCUCCAUCUUCCCGAAGCAUUAAACCUUCCUCUAAUCAUCAACCCAAGCCUAUUACCACUCCAACCAAAGGAUCCCUGUCCCCAGGAUCUCGUAGCCUUAAAUAUAAGAGCUCAAAGAAGUGUUUAAUCAGUGAAAUGGUCAAAGAACCUCUACCGCCUCCUAUGGAAAGCAUAUAUCCAGUGCUGCAGGGUUGUAAGGCACCUGUUGACACCAUUUUGCCUCAGAUUACGUCGAAUAUUUGGGCAAGAGGGUUGGGGCAGCUCAUUCGAGCAAAGAACAUCCGGACUGUGGGUGACUUGAGUUCUUUGACGGCAGCCGAGAUCAAAACGCUUCCGAUUCGCUCUCCCAAGGUCUCCAACGUUAGAAGAGCUCUUAAAGGAUAUCAUGAACAACAGCAGCUUAAAUAUCGUGGAUUUGAGGAAAUUGCUGCCCUGGAGGACACAGAGAAGCCCAUAAAUGGCACUGAAGAAAAACCCUUUUCCACUGAUGGAGAGAAAGCUCCAGCAGACUUGUGUGAGCCCGUGACCUCCAGUGCAGAUGAGCAGCCGCCUACAGAUCUUUUUUCCCAGAUCAGUACCCUUGCUACUCAGAUUACUCCUGAAAAUCUUUGCAGCUAUUCAGGCAGUGAACUUUUUGAAAUGCAAGAGAAACUGCAUAGUAUGACAAACUGUAUUAUGAAAAAUCUGCAAUCCCGUUGGAAAUCACCACCCCAUGAAAGCACUGUUUAA